UGAUCGUCUCAAUGGUUUUAGGUCUGGAAAGAAAGGUCUAAGCAUGGUGAAGCUGGGGAGUAAUUUGAACGACAAGAACAGCAAACCACCAUCCAGUGAAGAUGGGUUUCAGACAGUUCCUUUGAUCACACCUUUGGAAGUAAAUCACCUGCAGUUCCCGGCUCCGGAAAAGGUAAUUGUGAAAACAAGAACAGAGUAUCAGCCUGACCAGAAGAACAAAGGAAAACUCAGAGUGCCCAAAAUUGCUGAAUUCACAGUCAGUUUCACUGAUGGUGUAACAGAAAGACUAAAGGUCACUAUUCUCAUAAGUCUGGCUCUUGCAUUCCUUGCCUGCAUAGUGUUUCUUGUGGUAUACAAAGCCUUUACUUAUGACCACAGUUGCCCAGAUGGAUUUGUUUAUAAGCAUAAGCGGUGCAUCCCAGCCUCCCUGGAUGCCUACUACUCUGCACAGGAUUCCAACUCCCGGGGCAGGUUCUACACCGUCAUCAGCCACUACAGCAUGGCCAAGCAGACCAGUUCCCGGGCUGUAUCGCCCUGGCUGUCCUCAGGAUCAGUAAACCAUGAAGCCAAGGCUGCCAAAACAGAAGGUCAUUAAAAUUAACGAGUGGUGAUGGGCGAAGUGGGAGGGUGGGGGGACAACACCGUGUCUAUACUGCAUUGCUCUAAUUGAGAGUGGGUGCUGUCCUAGCAGCACGAUGGGAAUAAAUAAGACCCAAGUGCGGGAGUCAUCUUAAUGGAUAUUUCUUUUUGUGCAUUGUUCUCGUUGAUUUGUAACCGAGUCGAGCUCUUGUACAAAGGCAUGUUUGAUGUUGACUGUACCUUACGAUGUAAAAAUAUUUUUAAAUCAUUGCUUAACUAUUUGUUAGAAAAAGAAAUUAAAAACAAAAAAAGCAAAUUAGAUAAACAGCCAGAGAGGAUAAAAGCAGCAAAGGGAAUCCUGCAAAACAUUGCCAUUGCUGAAAGCUGUGACUCAGACUUAACAUGCAGUUGAAGAAUAGCUGAAACCCUUUUAAGAGACAGGGUAGUGAGAACCUGUCAGAAAGACACUGUAGUGUUGUUUAGCUUGCCAAAGGGGGGAUAAUUGGUAUCAAACCGAAUCCAAUAUCAAUGUGCAUUUGCUGAUAGAUACAAGGAUCCCCUCCUCCCUCAAAUAUGCACAGGUGCAAAAGCACAUGCACACAUACCUGAACAGGGGCUUAUGCAAAUCCAGGAAGAUCCAGGCAUUCCUAAAGAGCUGUCACUGCUCCGCUGAUCUCAACUGGGCUCUGAAGCCCUGGCUGGUGUGUGGAUGUGGAGCAGGAUAAAAACUGCUGUAGUGAAAGCAGGAGUGUAUUUGUGAGCACAGAGAUGGUGGCAGUCAGAAGAUCAGGGCUUUAUCUACUUCUGGCAUGGAUUUCCUGAGCGACCUUUAGUAAGUGAUGUGAGGUUUCAUCCUUUGAGGCCUUCUUCCUGAGGGUCACAAGGAGACCAGGAAAUGCCAUUAUUAUAGCAUGAGGAGCCUCCCAAGAGUGGUGAUAGUAUAAAAUACUGUUAAGCCUCUAACUUAAUUUUCCCCUCACCCAUGAAAAAAGAUGCUCCAGCUUCCCUCCUCCAACUCCCAAUACCGAAAUCUUUAAUGUCACUCUGGGCAGUCAGGGAGGGGUUGGCCAUAACAUGCUCUCAGAGUAGAAGGGUCCCAUUGGAUCUCUUGCAUACCCAGACCAGACCCCAAGCUUUGGCCAAUACCAGCUGGUGUAAAACAUCUUCUCCCCACAAAUGGCAGUUAAAACAGAGUGGUGGGACUUUAAAAAAAGGGGUUCUGUUAUUCAGAGCCACCAUUCAGCUCAUUAUUGUGAGGUUAUUCUGCUUGGCAGGAGAUGCUGAGCAGCAGGAGCAGAGUGCAAGGUUUACGUCAUUCUAAGGCUGCUUUUUUCAGAUUUGUGGCUAGACUGGGAUGGAAAUUAGGAACUGACCCCUUCUUCCCCGCAUUGGGCAGUUUUGUCCUCCAUUUUGCAUACAUAGACACUAGAGGGUGUAAAUGAGGGCAGAACUCCUCAGUCCUAACAGGCAUCAUGAUAAAUAACUGUAUAGUGUAGCUAAAAAUGUAGUGCCAAAUGCCAUUGUCUGAUUUCCUAUCCUCCCUUCUCCUUCCAUCUGUAAAUUCAUUUCUCACUCAAAAUGUACAAACCACUCCCUCCACCAAAAAUCCAAACUCCAGCAAACCACUGAACAGUUUAUAAUUUUGUGGUGUAUUUUUUGUCAGUAGGUAGCAGAGACUGAAGUAUUUUUUGGUGUAAUUCUUGAACUUUUCUGACGGGAUUAAAAUAAAGCUAGAUGUGACUGAG